AGCACGUCGCAGGUGCACCGCAGGUAAAUUACGUCAACCAGGAAGUGGACAGAGGGACGUCCGUGUGGGACGGAGCGGCUAAAGAAAAUUUUUUUUAUUUGAGCCUUUUCUGUGAAAAACACAACAAUAAAGAGCAGAAAGACUUGAGCCCGCGGCAGAGAAAUGUGCAGCUUUGAUAAGGACAAAGGGCCGGGGCGGCUGAUGAAAAAGGGGCUCGUUCUCAUCCUGGUCGGCCAUAUUAACUUCAUCCUGGCAGCCAUCGUCCAUGGCAGCGUCCUGCGCCACAUUUCCAAACCCAGUCAGCACAUUAGUACGCAAUACACUGUAGCCAACAUCAUUUCUGUCACCUCUGGCCUGCUGAGCAUUGCCUCUGGGAUUAUUGCCAUUGUGGUUUCAAGGAACCUUCAUAAACUUAAGCUGAUAAUAGGGCUUCUGACGGCGUCCUUCCUGAACGCCCUGCUGUCAGCCGCCUGCAGCGCGGGGCUCCUCGUAGCCAUUAGCGUCACCAUCGCCCAUAACGGGAGCGGUCUGAUGGUGGGAUGCAACGACACGGUGGUGCCCAUCAACGCUCGCUCGCCUGUCAGCGCUCAGUGCCCGUUUGAUACAACACGAAUCUACGACACCACGCUGGCCUUGUGGAUCCCCUGUGCUGUGCUGUCGGCAGCGGAGGUCGGCCUGUCGGUGUGGUGCUUCAUGGUUGGACUGGCUCUCAGAGGGAUCGCGCCGUGUGGGAAGAGCUACAUCAAAGAGCAGUUGGAAGAAGAGACUGAAAACUCUCCACAAACUCGUCGCCUUAUGGGAAAACAUUUCAAUGCUGAAGCAUAAAACACUUCAUAAGUCUGUAGAAAUCUGUCCAUUUCAAACUGAGGAACUUAAAGAGCCCUUAUGAAGGUUAAUAUGUGCUUCGAUGUGUGUGUAAAUGUGACAAUCUCUUAAAAUGUUUAGGUUUAUUAGAACCAAAUAUGAAACCAGUGAAUACAGUUUUUUAGUUUGAUUUUUAUUUGUUUGUAAAAGUAAUUAUUCAACCGUUUGUUUACCUUUUUUAACCACUCCAUCAAAUAUAACACGCCUUAUAAAUUAUAAGAUAAUUAGUUUUUCUACAUUCAGCUUUGAUUUCCAUUAAAUUUAAUACCAUAAAAUAGUAAACUGCAUAUUUUGGUUUUUUUUGUUUUAGCUAUUAAAUAUUAAACAGGAAGGUAAAUGAAACAUGCAGCACUUUGGGGUGCAGCUGCUCUAAUAUUGCAUAUAUUGUUAAUUAGAACCAAAACUGAUAAUUACCUGUUUUUUAUAUAUAUACAUCUUACUUUAAUUGCAUUGUUUUAAAAAUUGUAUUUUGAUGCAUGUUGGAUAUUUGUUUCAUUUUCUACAUCGUUUGCCAUUAUCUAUCAACUUGGUUCAAUUGUUAUUUUAUUUUUUUUAAAUAAUAUAAUAACUAAAAAGAAACAUUCAAAUAUCCUGGUAAAGAAAUGUAUUCUGAAUAACAUGCAUAAAAAAAAGUUAAAUCUGAAAAGCAGUGUUUGGACUUAUAUGUGUUCUGUAAAGUUGGUCAUUGUUAAGUGGGGUCACAUUAAAAGGUUAAAACCAGUAUGUGGGUCAGCAGCCUGAGCCGGACCCCCCACAACUCUGUGACAGAGAGGAUCAGGAUCAGAUCAGCCAUGAAACGGUUAAUCUGGGGCCGUGCUUAACUGUGUGGAAGGAAAUCACAGCAUAAAACACUAAUCCUGAAGCUCUGCAGGACAAAUAUUGACAUAAGUGUUGACUAAAACAGUCACAACAGUGUCACGCUGCAGCAAGAAAUUUAAAUAAUUUUAAGGAGGACUUUAAAGACUUGAGUAAAAUAUGUGACAUUUUAUCAAGUGACUUGUAACUAGUGACACAUUCUUUGCUUUUUUUAUAUUAUUGACAUUUAAUCAAUGUUAUUUAGUCAGUGCAAUCUUUAAUCUUUUUGGCUCAGAUAACUCUGGUUACCUUGUCAGUCCAGGAGUGACUUAAGACAACAAAUGCAACAUUUGUCGUACAAAUCAUGGAUAUUUGUUGUGGCUGGUGAACCUUUGAGUCAAAUUGCAUUUUCUUCCACUCAACUUUCUAUUUUCUUCCACUCUGAACAGCCAACAUCUUCAGCAGUGACUAUUUGUGGCUGACUCUCUUUGAGGAAGGGGUCAUUGCCUGUCUGCUGGACAAAUGUCAAUUCAGUUUUAUCUACCAUUGUGUAAGCCAUAACACUACAUUUCUGUAUUAAAAUCAAUUUUAAUGG